AUGGGCUUCAACUCCCUCCUCUACCACACCACCACCCUCGCCCUCCGCCAAACAACCGACAGCGACGACCCCGACGAUGCCGAAGCCGGCCAGAAAGAAAUCUACUCCUCCUGGGCUUUGCUAAUCCUCAUCACCCUUCUCAUCAUCGCCUUCUUCACAAGCUAUGUCCUGCAAUCCAAGAAGAUCCAGGCCGUGCACGAGACGGUCAUCAGUAUUUUCGCCGGGAUGGUGAUAGGGUUGAUUUUGAGAUUGACGGCGGUGACGAGCGUGUUGGAUGCUGUGAGCUUUAAUUACCAGUUCUUCUUUAAUUUGUUGUUGCCGCCGAUUAUUUUGGCGAGUGGGUAUGAGUUGCAUCAGGGCAAUUUCUUCCGCAAUAUUGGGACGAUCCUUACUUUUGCGUUUGCUGGGACGUUCAUCUCGGCUCUGGUCUUGGCUUGUGUGCAAUGGCUCUGGACGCGGAUACCGCUGGAGGGUCUGGAUAUCUCUUUCGUGGAUGCCAUGUCUGUAGGAGCUACUCUGUCGGCUACGGAUCCUGUGACCAUUCUGGCCAUCUUCAACACGUACAAAGUUGACCCGAAACUGUACACGAUCAUCUUCGGCGAGUCGAUCUUAAAUGACGCUAUUGCCAUUGUGCUGUUCGAGACCGCGCAGAAGUACAGAGAAGGAGCUUCGGAGGGCAAGCUUUCACCACUUGCACUACUCGAGUCAAUAGGCGCUUUCUUGCUCGUCUUCUUCGGAUCGCUGGUCAUUGGGUUGAUCAUCGGCUUGGCGACAGCAUUACUUCUAAAGCAAACGCACGUCAGGAGAGAGCCGAAGAUCGAGAGCUGUUUGAUCAUCUUGAUUGCAUAUGCUUCCUACUUCUUCGCCAACGCCAUCCACAUGAGCGGCAUCGUCUCCCUCCUCUUCUGUGGCAUCUGCCUCAAACACUACGCCUACCACAACAUGUCCCGCCGCACCCAACUGACCACCAAAUUCCUCUUCUCCACCACUGCCCAGCUCUCCGAGAAUUUCAUCUUCAUCUAUCUAGGCCUGUCGCUCUUCACCGAAGCCGGACUGGAGUACAAACCCCUCUUUAUCUUGGUAACGGUCAUAGGCAUCUGUCUAGCAAGAUGGUGCGCCGUCUUCCCUCUCAGCGCCCUCGUGAACUGGUUCAUACGCUAUCGGGCUAAGCGGAAGGGACUUGAGGUCGCAGAGGAGAUACCGAGGAAUUGGCAGAUUCUGAUCUUCUGGGCCGGACUGCGCGGGGCGGUCGGCGUGGCGCUCGCAGCUGGAUUGGCCGGCCCAAACGCUUUCGCCCUACGAGCUACAGUACUCGUCGUGGUGGUCCUGACCGUCAUCAUCUUCGGCGGCACCACGGCCCGCAUGCUCGAGAUCCUGAAUAUCCGCACCGGCGUGGUGGAGGAAAUCGACAGCGACGACGAGUUCGACAUCGAGCCCGUGCGAAUCAACACCAGUCAUCACGCCAGCAACGGCUCCUACGCUCGAAGAAACGGCAAAGGAUUCGGUCAUACGCCGAAUAAACUUAGCGGGAAUGGAGUAAUCGGGUUGGAUGAUGUGGGUGCGAGGCGCGAGAGGGCGGGGACGUCGUAUAGCACCAGUAAUUCUCACUCGCCGCCUACACCGCCUGAAUUCGGAAGGAGAAAUAGCUCACGAGCGCGAAACGGCGACGCUCAGAGCGCAGCUGAGCAGGGCCUUCUCGACCCAGAGGAUUUCAGCACGAUGAAUAGUGAUGACAACGACGACGAAGAUCUGGACUUACCGCCCGCGGCGCGACGGUCGCCCUCCCGACGGCAGCUGGACCCGAAUAAUCCUUAUCCUCUUUCCGGGUCUCGGGAUGCGGAGACGGGGGAUCUGGGAGGGCAGGGCACGCAGCCGUUGAGUACAAGGGCAGCGUUGAGUCAGAUGUGGAAUGCUACGUCCGAGGAUGCGGGGAAUUUGUUUAAUAAGCUCGACGAGAGCUUUUUGAAGCCGCAUUUGCUGCUUGAUCCUGGGGGUGGUGGUGGGAGUGGGAGCGCUGGGAAAGGGGGUGGGCAUGGAGGGGUCUAG